AUGCUUGAUCGAGAAAAGCAAGCAAAGAAGCAGCAGGAUGCGGAAUAUGAAGGGGCUAGGGGUAGAGCCAAUAACCAAUUGAAGAGUUACAGACUACAGUAUAAAGCCCUCAAUCAUGCUCUUGCCAGUGACAUAGAUUGUAUAUACUCUCGCCGAUUAAGGCAAAUUCUGCGCUCCACGAAAAAACAUAGGGAGUCCUUCCUCCUGGACUUAAGGAAGGCAAAACAAAAAAGUGCCCCUAUGACUCUGGUUCUAGUGAAAGCGAUGAAAGUAUAG